AUGGCGUACACCAAGAUAGAUAUCAACGAAGAAGAGCAGAAGUUCCAGCAGGAAGUUGCUGCAAUCAAAAAGUGGUGGUCUGAGCCAAGAUGGAGAAAGACCAAGAGAAUUUAUUCGGCUGAAGAUAUCGCUAAAAAGAGAGGUACUUUGAAGAUUGACUACCCAUCGUCGCAGCAAGCUGACAAGUUGUUUUCGCUCUUGGAGAAGCACGAUGCUGACAAGACUGCUUCGUUUACUUUUGGUGCCUUGGACCCAAUCCACGUUGCUCAAAUGGCCAAGUACUUGGACUCGAUCUAUGUUUCGGGAUGGCAGUGCUCGUCGACUGCCUCGACCUCAAACGAACCAAGUCCCGAUUUGGCGGACUACCCAAUGGACACCGUUCCAAACAAGGUUGAGCACUUGUGGUUUGCGCAGUUGUUCCACGACAGAAAGCAGAGAGAAGAGAGGUUGACCUUGUCCAAGGAAGAGAGAGCCAAGACCCCAUACAUUGACUUUUUGAGGCCAAUUAUUGCCGAUGCCGACACUGGUCACGGUGGUAUCACUGCCAUUAUCAAGUUGACCAAGUUGUUUAUCGAACGAGGCGCUGCCGGUAUCCACAUUGAAGAUCAGGCUCCAGGUACCAAAAAGUGUGGCCACAUGGCUGGGAAAGUGUUGGUGCCAGUCCAGGAACACAUUAACAGAUUGGUUGCUAUUAGAGCUUCUGCUGAUAUCUUUGGCUCCAACUUGUUGGCUGUUGCCAGAACCGACUCUGAAGCUGCUACGUUGAUCACCUCCACCAUUGACCACAGAGACCACUAUUUUAUUGCCGGUGCCACCAACCCAGACGCUGGUGACUUGUCGUCAUUGAUGGCUGAAGCUGAAGCUAAAGGUAUCUAUGGCGAUGCCUUGGCUGCGAUUGAAGUCAACUGGAACAAGACUGCUGGUGUCAAGUUGUUCCACGAAGCUUUUAUUGACGAAGUCAAGAAGGGCAACUAUUCAAACAAGGAUGCAUUGAUCAAAAAGUUUACCGACAAGGUUACCCCAUUGAGCCACACCUCAAACAAGGAGGCUAGAAAAUUGGCCAAGGAGUUGAUUGGUAAGGACAUUUACUUUAACUGGGAGGCCUCGAGAGCUAGGGAGGGCUACUACAGAUACCAAGGUGGUUGCCAAUGUGCCGUUAUGAGAGGUAGAGCUUUCUCUCCAUAUGCUGACUUGAUCUGGAUGGAGUCUGCUUUGCCAGACUAUGCCCAAGCCAAGGAGUUUGCCGACGGCGUCAAGAGUGCCAUUCCAGAGCAAUGGUUGGCUUACAACUUGUCGCCAUCCUUCAACUGGAAUUUGGCCAUGCCCGCUGACGAGCAAGAGACUUAUAUCAAGAGAUUGGGUCAAUUGGGUUACGUUUGGCAAUUUAUCACCUUGGCUGGUUUGCACACCACUGCCUUGGCGGUUGACGAUUUCUCCAACAAUUACUCCAAGAUUGGUAUGAAGGCUUAUGGCCAACAAGUGCAAAAGCCAGAAAUUGAAAAGGGGGUUGAAGUUGUCAAGCAUCAGAAAUGGUCCGGUGCCACCUAUAUUGACGGUUUGUUGAAGAUGGUCACUGGUGGUGUCUCGUCAACUGCUGCUAUGGGUGCUGGUGUCACCGAAGACCAAUUCAAAGACAAGCAUUAA